AUGACUGUCCCCAGCAUUGGGGACAUUCUGAUGUUGUCCCAGAAAGCCUGGAGGAUCGGCCAGACUUUCGUCGCGUGCGAAAAUAAUGCUCCUCCCAAUCUGCGAUAUAUUGAAGUCGGCGUUAGCCGUUUGGCAAAAGCGCUCACGUUGCUAGCAGAGGCGCUGGAUGCCGAAUCUGAAAGAGCCACGUUCCAGCGCGCCGACGCGGAAACACAGGCUGGGAUUGGUAUCAUUAUAGGGUCUUGCGAGCGAACAGUCAACGAUCUGGAUUCCUUGGUCCAACAAUAUCAGGUCAUUCGAAAGCACAAAACCGUGGGCGGUUUUGCCGUUGAGCGAGCAUGGAGUGAUUUGAUGCUGGCCGAGUACGAGACCAUCCUGUGGACUACCGAAGGCGGAGACGUCAACAACCUGAAAGACCUGCUACAGGUGCAUACGAGCUCAGUGACUGUUUUGAUGCAAGCACUCAAGUCUCUAACCCGCCUACAAAGCGUAGUGAUGCCAAUGGCAGAACGCAUCGACAGCAUGAACAAUUCAGAUUGCAGCCUUGAGCAGCAGCUGGAUGAGCUACAUCGCAUAGUCCAUGAUCUGGACAUAACAGCAGGAGACCAUAAUACACCACCACCAGUCCCACCAAAGGAUCCUGCGCGAUUACAGGGCUCUCAAGAACCACCUCAGGGGGCCCAGAGAACAGUCUCGUCGGAUCCGGAAGGUUCUCAAUCCCUGCAUCAUCCCAAGUACUCAUUACCUCGCAUUCCUCACGAGCCAAGGUUGUCUGUAGCCGAUGGGGCCAGUGUGUCAUCGACAUCCUUAUCGCCAACUGGGAAUACAUCUCGUUUACGGACCUUUCUGCCCUCUAGGAAUAGCGUCUCCGAACCCAGCUACAGGGAUCCAUCACUGCGCUACUCUAGCAGCAGCUACAGCUCCUCGGACGCUGGCCAGAGUACCGUUGUAGGCCAAAGCCCACAGUCAUUAGCAGGACAUUCGCAUCUUAGUCGACAACACUCGACAUCAACGAAGAAAUCAUCACCAUCUUUUGCAUCUUUGGAGCCACGUCGAAGAGCUGACCACGUAUAUGCCUCACUCCUCUCGCCCCCGGGCACGGUAUCAGAACAUCAGCAUGUAUCCGAGAUAACACACUCCCCACAGGCGCAACAUAGCAGGUCUAGCCCUUACGCUUCCUCCCUCCUCUCACUGCCGAGCAUGGUAUUAGAAAAGCAGCAGGAACCCGAGACUACCGCCUCCCCACAUGCGGGACCCAGCAGGUCUAGCCUUUACACUGCCUCACACGUUGGAGUUGACGACCCCGACCGCAUGUUGACCUCAACGAGUCAGACCACGGCAUUUCGAAAAGAAGCUUUCCGCAACUCGGCCAUACUCUGUGACGUCCGCGGUAAGGCCGUCGAGUACUCGCAUCGCAUCAACCGCGACGAUCCUCAGGACGUGGAAAUGGUGCACGUCGCCGAUGCAUGCCGCAUCGCCGUAGUGCGUAAGCGUGUGACGGACAACGAGACGCGCUUUGUCCGCGUAGUCACAUCCAUCUGGGUUUUUGCCGACGACAACCAGGCCCGUGUCGAGCUCCGCAUGGAAGACGGCCACAUGUACGUUCCGUACGCGAGCUACUUUUCGCCGUCCAAAAUCUCCAUUACCGUGCCGUGCGAGCUGCGAUUCCACGAUACCGUAUAUGGAGUGCGACCGCCGCAGAUUGCAAAGACUAGUUGGGUCAAUUAUGUAUUUGAGACGCCGCAGGCAGCCGCACUGUUCCAAAAUGAACUCAUGGGCCGCACGCUGCUCGCGACAUUCCGCACGGAACAAACAAUGCGGCUGCACCACGGGCUCUCCAAAUCGUUUGCCUACGCCGAGCAAAUGUGCGGCCUCGAGACGCUGCGCAUCUGGCACGACACGGACACGGGCGCCGUCAUAGCCCUCAUUCAUUUCUCCGCCGACUUUCGAAACGGAUACCUCGCCUUCUACCUCAACUCUGCGCUGGACCCGAUCAGAGUCAAAGACGAGGGCAGUAGAGCAGUCAAGAUUAAGGGGUUACGUGUGCCGAUUGAGCGCAUCUCUUCUUCUUCUUCUAAAAGUACUAAUACUUCCACUUCUACUACUACUACUAAUACUGCGACGACCAAUACGGCAGCCGAGUCCGCAGAAACAGCAUCAUUAUCAGCAGCAGCAGCAGCAGCAGCAUCAUCAUCAUCAACAACAACAUCAACAACAACAACAUCAUCAUCAACAACAACAGCAAAAGCAAAAUUCAAAUCCAAAUCAAAGGGCAAAGAAAAAAAACAGAGCAGUAGUAGUGCUGGCAGCGUGAGUGGUAAUAGUACUGGUGGCAGUAGAAAGGGCAGUCAUGACGCUAGCAGCGCCACAACCGCUACAGUACCCGACAAGCUGAUUACCGGGGCUAAAAUUGAGUUUGCAACCGAGAUGGAGAAGAGGGAGUUUUUGGCCCUGUGCAAGGAGAUGCAGAGGGACAUGGUCGAGCUGCCCGAGUUGAGGGGCGUUAAUUAG